AUGAGCGACAUCUCCUCUUCGGCGUCGGCGUCGACGAAGACGUUCGUCACCGCGCUCGUCUUCAACGCGGCCGUCUUCGGUAUCGAGCUCGCUGCGUUCACCGUCCUACGACCCCAUUUCAAGGCUAUUUACGAACCCCGCACCUAUGUUCCACCCCCGUCCAAGAGGAUUCAUCCUCUGUCAAAAAACGUGUUCCUGUGGCCAGUCGCAGUCUUCAGGGCAGACUACAACGACAUUAUUAAAGCGAACGGCAUGGAUGCCUACUUUUUCGUUCGCUUCCUUCGUAUGAUGGUCAAGAUUUUCUUGCCUAUAUGGUUCCUCUCCUGGGCGAUCCUGCUUCCUGUCACGAGCGUGAAAACUCGGGUGGGCAACAACGAGAAGCUGGACAUAUUCGUGUUUGGGAAUGUGGCCACCAAUAAGCAGCAUCGGUAUGCUGCACAUUUAAUCCUGGCUUGGUUGUUCACAGGCUGGGUGCUUUACAAUGUCAAGAUCGAAAUGCGCAAUUUCAUCAUUAAGCGACAACAGUUCCUCAUCAAUCCCGUACACUCCAAGUCUGUCCAAGCGAACACCAUCCUCGUCACCGGCAUACCCGCCAAGUAUUUGUCGCGGGACGCGUUAAUGAAAAUAUUCGGCGACCUACCUGGUGGCGUUAAGCGCAUCUUCAUAAACCGAAACCUCAAGGAGCUUCCUGACAUCUACGAUCGUCGCCUCGAUGCAUGCAACACGCUCGAAUCAGCCGAGAACAAGCUGCUCUCUAUCGCUACCAAAUUGGACAAAUCUUCUUCGGAAGAGACGGCCGCCUCUGUUCCCCAAAAGGAACGCCCCAUACACAGGCUUGGAUUCCUUGGUUUGUUUGGAAAGAAGGUGGACUCCAUUGAUUGGGCUAGAGAGGAGAUUCAGAAGUGUACUCAGCUGCUCGAUGAGGGCAGGGCGAAACUCGAUGACCCUUCUGACACGACGUAUCCUCCACUCAACAGCGCGUUCAUCAUGUUCAACAGGCAGAUCGCAGCACAUUUGGGGAUGCAAGUCCUUCUUCACCACGAGCCUUACCGGAUGAGUGCUCGCUAUACCGAAAUUGCACCUGACGACGUUAUCUGGGCUAACCUCGGAAUGAACCCAUACGAAAUGAAGGUUCGGCUUGUAAUCAGCUAUUCUCUUACUGCGGCUCUUAUCAUUUUUUGGGCCAUCCCUGUGGCUUUCGUCGGUAUCGUCUCCAAUGUUUACACGCUAUGUAGUACAGCGAGCUGGCUUGCAUGGAUAUGUACAUUGCCUGAUCCGGUCUUGGGUAUCAUUUCGGGUAUCCUUCCUCCCGUCGCCCUCGCAGUUCUGAUGUUGCUCCUUCCCAUUGUUCUUCGUCUCCUGGCGCGUUUCGAGGGUAUUCCGAAGAAGACAGGCCUGGAACUCAGUCUCAUGACACGUUAUUUCAUCUUCCAAGUCAUUCAUUCAUUCCUUAUCGUUACCUUGUCCGCAGGUAUCAUUGCGUCUUUGAACGGCCUUAUCAACAACCCGACAUCCAUUCCCACCUUGCUUGCUCAAAACUUGCCAACAUCUUCCACUUUCUUCUUGACGUAUGUGAUCCUGCAAGGUCUCUCUGGAACAGCAUCCGGAUUUUUGCAAAUCGUUCCACUAGCUAUCUAUUACGUGAAGCUCUACCUUCUUGGAAGUACGCCUCGAAGCAUUUGGGGGAUCAAGUACGGUACCCGCGACGUUGCCUGGGGCACUGUUUUCCCAGGUAUUACGUUGUUGACUACCAUUACUCUUGGAUACUCCAUUAUUUCUCCCAUUAUCAAUGGUCUGGCCUGUGCAACUUUCUUCUUGUUCUAUCAGCUGUACAAGUAUCUCUUCUUGUGGCAGUUCCAGCAGCCCGACGAUACCGGAGGUCUGUUCUUCCCGAAGGCUAUGCAACACAUCUUCGUCGGUUUAUACGUUGAAGAGGUCUGUUUAUGCGCGCUCUUUUUCCUUGCUCGGGACCAGAAUGGCAAUACAAGUGCAGUAGCAGAAGGUGCCUUGAUGGUUGUAUUGAUUAUUUUCACUGUCUUCUUCCACAUCAUCAUCAAUAACUCUUAUGAUCCGUUAAUCCACGCUCUCCCUCUCAGUCUGGUGGAGAAGAUGGAUACCACGCAGGCCGAUGCGGAAGCAGAGGAGUUGCCUAAUCGCACUGGAUCAGAGACGCGUCUAGCGCCUAAUGCUUCCCAGCUGGAUAAGCCUGAGUCAACAGAGCGGCCCGAGGAGAAGGUCGUCUCUUCGAGUUCAGACGGUGAUAGCGAAGGCUCACAUGAUAGCGGAGGUGGCGGUGUCCCGAAGGAAUAUGACUUUAUGGCGGCGAAGAAUAUGAAGGAGCGACAAGAAGAGGAAGAUAGCUAUGGGUUCGCGCAUCCUGCGGCUUCGAGACCGCAAAGGAUCGUGUGGCUUCCUUUGGCUCACGGUCCUGUUGGGGAGCUGUCCAAGUCUGAGGCGAAGGAAUGUCUGGAUCAUGGGGUUCUGGUGAGUUUGGUCGAUGCUAAGAUGAACGAGAAGGGUAAGGUGGAUAUUACGGGCCCGCCGCCUGAUUUGGUGAGGGAGGAGUGA